AUGUCAUCCAAGAAGUCGUCUCGGAGGACGUCCCGACAGUCCCAUCGGUCAACAUUGUCCCUAUCGAGGACCGAAAUCGUCAUCAAUGUCUACGAUCUCUUACCGCCUGGUCGCCUCUCCUCGGUGCUCUGGACUAUAGGCGCUUCGCUGCUGCAUUCGGGCGUCGUGAUCAACGGGAAGGAGUAUGCCUACGGCGGACACGAUCAGCGUGGUGUGACGGGAGUGUACUGGACGCGGCCCAAGUCCGAGCCGCCGGGCGGCAGCUUCCGAAUCGAGCUCCUUCAAGGGUUCACCUUCGCGACACAGGCCGAGAUCGACACCAUCAUCCGCCACGCCUCCGACGAGUUCGAGGGCACCGCCUACAACCUGCUCACCCAGAACUGUAACCACUUCACCAGCUACCUCUGUCAGAAGCUCACCGGUCGUCCCGGGCCUGGUUGGCUCAACCGCGCCGCCAACAUCGGCGUCGCCCUUCCCUGCGUCGUCCCUAGGCACUGGAUGGAGCCCCCCGACUUCGAGACCGCCGACGGCGAGUUGCUGCGAGACGACUACGACGACGACGGCUUUGACGCCCACGAGAGGACGAGGAUGCUCCGGCCGGAAAACACGAGGAGACUCGCGACGGUGGACAGCGACGAGGAAGGGGAAGGGGCCUCGGGUUGGAACAGCGAAGAGACAUACGAGCCAGGCAGAAAUAACAAAGGAAAAGGCCCCGCCAGAGACUCGAGCGGACGAACUCUGCCGCCUGCAGAAAGGGCACCCUCCAUGCGGCCCUCGUUGCCGAGGAGAACCUUGGUGGCGGCCUCGCGGCCGGGACCGAAUCCACGGAGGACUACCUCCAUAGCGGUGAUGUUCUUGUGCCAGUUGCCCUGGUGCAGCUUGUCGAUGACGAAGGAGGUGAGCUGCCUGCCUCCCGGCGCCUUCCUCGGAACCCCGCCAUCCACCGCUUACUCCUACGGCAGAUCCCCAGCGUAUAGACGGCUACCAUACAGCCUCGAGACCUCCAGGCCAACUAGCGGCCGUGUAGCGCCAUUCUCCGUCCUGCGACCUCCCCAACCGCCAGCUUUAUAUAUGAGGUCGCCAUUCCUCCCUGAGACCAUAGCGGCCGUACAAUCACGCAGCCUUCACCAGGCGGCAAGAUGGUUUCAACGGUCCGCGCCGCCCCCCAAGACGGACGCUAAGCCCGGGCAGCCAAAAGACACCUCCGAGAAAGCCGCGUCCGGCGCAGAAUCCGAAGCCAAGGCCGAAUCGGGAGAACAAGCGAAGGAGGAAGGCGAGCACGGCAAGAAGGAAGAGAAGAAAGAGGAGAAGAAGGAAGACCUGCCUCCCCCGCCUCCCCACGGCGACAAGACGCCUUGGCAAGUCUUUAUGGAGACGAUGCAGACCGAGUUCAAGGCUUCGAAGGAAUGGAACGAGUCGACUAAGCAGCUCGCCGACUCGGCCCAUUCGUUCACCGAGAGCGAAUCGGUCCGCCGCGCGAGGCAAGCCUACGAGAAUACUACCGGCGCCGUUUCUUCGACGGCAGGGAGAGUGCUGAAGUCGUCGGCUACUGCUGUCGGAAAAGGCGCCGCUUGGACGUGGGAGACGCCGGUCAUGAAGGGUGUUCGGAAGGGCGCGAAUUUGACGGGCGACAUCAUCGAUAAGGCGACCAAGCCCUUGAGGGAGACCGAGGCAUAUAAGAAUGUCAAGGACGUCAUUGACGACGGCAGCAGUUCCAGGUACGGCGGUUGGGUCGAGAAGGAGGAACGGAGGAAAGCUAGGGAGCUACGCGAGAAGCAAGCUCGCUCUAUCCACGGCAAGACGGAGGAUAUGGUCGAAGAUCCCAAUGCCGGGACGAACAUCACCCUGCAUAAGGAUGCUGCUUGGAAGGAGGCGUGGCGCGACUUCCGAGACAAGAACAAACUCGUGCAGGGCUUGUUCAGCAUGAAGAGCGUAUAUCAGGAGUCGGAGAACCCCUUGAUUUCAACGGCGCGGAGUAUAACCGAUCGCGUUGCCGGAUUCUUCGCGGAGAACGAAACGGCGAUGGUGAUUAGGAAGUUCCGCGAGAUGGACCCCAAUUUCCAGAUAGAGCCGUUCCUGCAAGACAUGAGAGAAUACAUCUUGCCCGAGGUCCUCGACGCUUACGUCAAGGGGGACACCGAGACGUUGCGGGUUUGGCUCUCCGCGGCCCAGUAUUCGGUAUACGAGGCCUUGACGAAGCAAUAUCUCCAAGCUGGCUUGAAAUCCGACGGUAGGAUCCUAGACAUCCGACACGUGGAUAUCCUAAAGGCCCGCAUGCUCGAGCCGGGCGACAUCCCGGUUUUCAUCAUAACCUGCCGAACACAAGAGGUCCAUGUCUACCGAAACGCCAAGACCAACGAGCUUGCCGCCGGUAUGGAAGACAAGGUCCAGUUGGUGACAUACGCGAUCGGGAUCACCCGUACAGCCGAGGACGUCAAUAACCCCGAGACGAGUGGAUGGAGGUUGAUCGAAAUGCAGAAGAGCAAUAGGGACUAUUACUGA